AUGGUGGCCGGGGGCAAGGCACCUUCUCCACCCCCUUCCAUGUGGCGCGUACGACUUUCGCCGGUGUGGCGUGCUAUGCGGCCGCUGGCGCGUGCCUACACGGCGCUGCGUGAUCCAGAUGGCGCGACGGGUCUGUACUAUCACCGACUUCCGCGUGGCACAUGGGCCGUCUCGCUGCUGGAGCGUGCGCCGCCGUGCGAGUCGAGUGCCGAUGUCAUUUGCGAGCUGCCCACGACGGGCGAUGCGCCGAGCGAGUAUCUGCGCGCGAAUCCUGACGCGCCGCGCAACAACGGGGCGUUUUGGGACGCACUGCAUCGCGUGCUGAAGGAGGCGACGGCGGAUGACGACCAGCUCCGCACGGAGGCGGUGCUGCGGACGGACGGGUGGGCGCAUCUGUCGGACGAGCGGACCGAGGCCAUGCCGGGGCGCACGACGCCGCCUGAGGACAUUCUCGGGUCGGUCGCGUUCACGGACGAGCGUGUCGUACCGUCGUCGUACGAGCGGAACGACAUGUACCGCUUCUGUGUGGCGCAUCAAGGCCCUAUGAAGCUCAAAGACACCUGGCGGGCCAAGGUGCGUGCGUAUCUACAAACGCUGCCUUAG